AUGUUGAAAAGAUUAGAUUAUGAUAAUUUUUGUCAUUCAGUGGAUAAUUGGUGUGGUAAAUUGAUAAAACCACCAUACAAUGUAAUUUCAUUAGUGAUCAAAGCUCUGUUAAGAUUGUUUUUGACUCAUUCAGCUGUUUUGAUACAUUUGGUGAUUGGUGAAUGGACUUCAAGGAAAUCUCCUGAUUUUAUAUAUUUAAAAUUUACCGAGAAAGAAUUUGAGUAUUUGUUUGAACCUAUAAGAAAAUUAGAAAUUCAAGGUGAAUUUGUUAAAGACCGUUUAUUAACGGGCUUGAAAGAACCAUGUAAAAAUAUUGAAAAAUUAUUUGUAUAUAUAAAAGAUGUUCCACCAAACUAUGAGGAGGAAUUGCACUCAUUACAACAAUUUGUCAAAGAACAACGUUGUUUAAAAUCAUUAAAAGUAGCCAAUGUCGCAUCGAAUUUUCUUUUUCCAACAAUAGCCACACAGGCCAAUACUUUACGUUGUUUAUAUUUGUGGGGAUUAAAUUUCACAAACACGGACAAUUACAUAAUACCAUGGCAUUUAUUAUUAAGGUUUAAAAAUUUAGAAAAAUUAAAAUUUCGUAAUUGUAUUGGAUUUGAUCAACACAUGAAAGAUUCAUUAAUAAAUGGUAAUGUCGAAGAAAUGGUGGUGGUUGAGAGGGAUAAGAGUGGAAAUAUAAAUGACAAUUUGAUUGUGAAUGGGAGUGGGAAUGAUAUUAAAGAAUUAAUUGAUUGGGGUGUUGGACAAGGUGCCAUUGUAUUUCUCGGACACUUUCAUAGUGCAGACGCAUUUUUUAAAGUUGGUAGAACGAUAGAAAGCAAAAUCUUUACUAAUUUGGGAAUGCUCUGA